AUGACUUUGAGUGAAUCAUUAUUUCAAUUAAUUAGUCAAUUUAUAGAGUUAUUAAAUGAUUUAGAUCUGGAAACUUUGAAUGUUGAGCAGAUCUUGAAUUUUAAUAUUAUGAUUAUUAUUUUUAUAUCGUUUUUUGUGGCUAUAGCAGAGCAAACUACAUUUUAUGGUACUACGUUAAAUAUUUUCAAAAACUAUAUCAAUGUUUAACAAACAGCAACAUCAUUUUUGAAUAAAGUUCAUGAGCGUACAGAAUAACACGAAGAAAUAUUCAAGAAAUUUUUAUCCAUAUUAGAACGAGUAUUAUAUAUAUUAAUAAUUAGAUAGAUGAUUUAUAUGAUCAAUAAGAAAAACUAUUAAUAUUUAAUGAUGCUAAUAUUGAAUAUGUUUUAAAAAAAACAAGAAAAAAUUAUAAUGACAAAAUUAAUCAAAUAUCUGCAAAUAUUGAUAAGAACUCAGAAUAAUUAGAAAAAUUAGAAUAGAAUCUCUAAAAGAAUAAUACUGCUUCAUUAAAGAUAAUAGAAGAACUAAAAAAUCUUUCAUCCUUAAUUUAAGAAGUAUUAAAAGAUAAUUUCAGCAUUAAUUAUCAAAAAGUCAUACCUUUUCUAAAUGAAAAAAUUUAAUCAUAAUAUUUUAGUCAAUUACAAAAAUUAAAAACAUUAGACUAUUAACUAUUAGUUAAGGAAUUAGAAAAAUAUUCUUCUUUUAUUUAAUAGCAAACUAUAAAAGAAAGUAAAAAAAGAGAUUUAGCUAAUUGUUAUUCAUUAAUUAAUAGUGUGCUUAAAUAAGCUUUAAUUUUAUUACUAUCUGAAAAAUAAUAAUAAUAAUAUGAAGUUUCAAUUAAAGCAUUAAUAAUUAGAGAAGAUAAUAAAUAGUUAACUCAACAAUUAUAAUAAAUAAAAAGAUUAAAACGCUUAUUUGAAGAUAGUUAAGAAUUCAAAAUAACUUUAAUGAAAUAAUAUAGAGAAAACAUUAAAUUUGUUUAGUUUAAGAAAAAAUAAUUUAGAGAAUAAGCUAGAAAAAUAAUUGAAGUAAAUGAAGAGAAAACUAAAAUGUUUAUUAAUGAAGAAAAUAUAUUAAAUUAAUAUAUCUAAUGA